UUUUUCACAUUUAAUAGCAAUUACUGAACAAACAAAAAAAAAAGUAUAAUCGAAACGAAACGAAGCAAAAAACCGCCAUGAAUCCCAAAAUCCUCAUCCUCUUCGCACUUCUCCUGAAUCUCACAUCCAAAUCGUUCCAAAACCCUAACCCUAAACCCCCAAAAUCAACCCCAUCUUCGGCUCACAUCGAGCUCACAAAUUAUGGCUUCCCCGUCGGUCUUCUCCCCGACACCACCGUCUUGGGCUUCGCCGUCAACCAAACCUCCGGCGACUUCUCCGUCCGCCUCGGUGGCGCGUGCAAGAUCACUCUCCCUCCUGAUAAUUACGUCGCCACGUACUCCAACACCAUCACCGGGAAGAUCGUGAAGGGUCGCAUCGCGGAGCUCAACGGGAUUCGCGUUCGCGCCUUCUUCCAGUGGUGGUCCAUCACCGGGAUUCGCUCCUCCGGCGAUAAUAUUGUCUUCGAGGUCGGUAUGGUCACCGCGAAGUAUCCCUCGAAGAAUUUCGAUGAUAGUCCUGCUUGUGAGGGCCAGCGCUCUUCCUCCUGAUUAAGGGUAUUAGGUACUUAUUCUCAGCUUUCGUUGUCUAAUGCGAUGGCGUCCAGUGUCCACUAAGUGCAGAUAAUUUAGAAACCACUCGUUUCAUGUGUAAUAUUGCAAGGCUAGUGCCUUUAUGCAAUCGUAUUUAUGCUACGAAGAAUCUACUAUGGUGUUACUUGAUGGUCAUGUCACCCACUUGUUGGACUCGUGAAUAAGGCCACUUUGAACUUUUUCUAUUUGAUAUUCUCUGUUGCCAUCUAUGCUGUAGCGUGCUUGCAAUUUCAAA